UCCUUUCCUCAUGUAGUCCUUGCCUACUCCUUUUCUUACCCUAUUUUUUAAAAAAAGAGUCAGCAUCGUCUUCCCGGAUUCCUCCUUUUCUUUUUCUAAUAAUCAAUCAAAGAAUAAUAAAGAAAGAGGUUAGUGCCAGUGGUAGAUGAACUGGGGUGGGAUCCACAAGUAGGACUACCAGUACCAGUUUCCUUGUUUUCUUCUAGUGUGGACUGUGGAGAAGACACAAGACUCAAGAGAAGAGAAGUAGAGAUUAUUAGAAGGAACGGGAUCGGAUCGGGGUUCGGGAACGAACAUCUCAUUCAGGAGCAUCUGAUUACAUACAUACGAGUACAGGCCGAUUGAGAAUCAGUAUGAUCCAUUGAAGUAAACUAGUCAACACUGAAGGUCAAGGAUGAGUUUAUCAGUCACGGUCAUGACUUUUAACCUCCAUGACGACCAGCCUUCUGAUAGUUUGAAUUCAUGGGAUAACAGGAAGGAUUUGUGCAUCAGUGUCAUUACUAGUCAUUCACCCAACGUCAUAUGUACUCAACAAGGGUUGAAGUCGCAGCUGGAUUACCUUCAGCAGGGAUUACCAGGUUAUGGGCAUUUUGGAAUUUCUAGAAAGGGAGUUGAUGACCCUUCAGAUGAAUAUUGUGCAAUCCUUUUUGACAAGGAGAAGAUAGAGCUGGUUGAAGGUGGGACAUUUUGGCUAUCAGAGUCACCCUCUGUCCCUGGAAGCAUGUCAUGGGGAGCAGUAGCUCCCAGUAUCGCGACUUGGGCAACUUUUCAGCUUAAAGGGGUUGAACCUCCUGGGUUUUCCUUUCAGAUUGUAAACACAAAUAUGGAUGAGUUCAGUCCUCGUGCUCGUCGAAGAGGUGCUUUGCUCACAUGGCAGCAUAUUGCAUCAUUACCUCCAAGCUUACCGGUAGUUUACUGUGGAGGGUUUAAUACGCAAAAGGAAUCGACUACCGGACGUUUCCUUCUUGGGAGAUCAAGAGAACAUGGUGUAGUGGGUGACAUGAGAGACUCAUGGCCAAAUGCACGGGUGAGGAAAAAUGUAUCCUUAAUUCGCACUUAUCACGGAUUCAAAGGUAACAAACAGGGAGCUGUAGAAUUUCUCAAGUUGAUUUUUAGGGCGCUAUGUCUCUGUUGGGAUCGACAAACUCAGGAUCUCCAUGUAGAUUGGAUUCUGUACAGAGGGAGAUCGCUUGUACCUGUCCUAUGUGAAGUUGUGAAUGAUAAUAUUGAUGGUUGUUACCCAUCCUCCCACUAUCCGAUGUUUGUCGAGUUCAUGCUACCUCGUUCUGUUAGAUUGAGUGAAGCUCCUGCUCAAGAUGAGAGCUGAGCAAGUACGUCUCUAGUUUUUCUUUUGUGAAGCUUAAUCAAAUGCAAUGUGCGUUAUUCGCCUCAAAUAUUUUUAUAUUUUGUGUUUCUUUUCUACAUAUAGAGUUCAUUUUUUAAAAUCUUGAUUUUUGAGGAGAUUAGUUAGUUUUUGCUCUGUCCACAGCUUCACAACCUUAGAAGUUCCUCUGUUUCUAAGGAAAGAUUUAUGUACCGAGUUCAUUUUAAACUAGUAGUUGCUAUUUCAUGACAUAUUGUAUUUUUUGCACGUUUUGUUUUAUAUAAUAUAGAAGUAAUUUAUUUUGUUAUAGAAUUACCAUAUUUCUCUUCACACUUUGCGGGCAAGGAAGCCACAGAUUCCCAUACAUUACCUGCGGAGAUUACAAACCAAACACCACCCAAAACAAGGAGGAAAAUAUAUGACAUUCUACACCUGCAACACAGUGUAUGUAUACGGCUUAAAAAACAAUUUGUUAUUCAAUACUCUUGCAAUGUCGUCAUAGAUGAUAAUUUGUUAUUGGACUUGUACACAACAAGACCCGCAUAAGAGGAGGAUUGACUGCACACAAACCUGACGAGGUUCCAUCCUAAAACAAAUUGGUAAUAGGAGUAGCCCAUGAAACUUAUAUGUUAGUCAACCUUUAUCUAAUUUUUCAAUGUAGGAUCACAUGUGGUUUAUUUUCCAACAAUAGACUGGUUUGGAGAAGUAUCAACAAAAAAAAAUCAAUUGCAUUCAGAUUUGAAAGGAUUAAAAUGAACAACGGGACGACAUUUAAGUGGAUGAGCCAUGGCUAGGGAUAUGCCUCUGCCAGGCUGCAUAUUCACCUCUCCAGAAUCAACCUUCCAAUCAAAGCAUUGAAUUGAAGCUGCAAUCACAUAAUUGAGAAGAGUAAAAGCAAGCAAAGUUCCAGGGCAUCCUCUUCUUCCAGC